UCGUCCACCGACAGUACGGUGUAGUGGUUGUGGUGGUGAAGGCGUCUGUGUGUACAGCAGACAUGGGGGUAGAGUUAAGAGACAAUGAGAGGGUUGUACAGGAUUUACGUGAAGCUGUCAAACAGUUGGAUGGAGCGGAGCGCAUGUUGAAGCAUCUCAUGCCGGAUGUGAGGCCUGAUACUUUGAUACGUAAAACAUUGAUGUUACCGAACAUUUCGCUGAGAUCACUCCGAGAAGUAUUGGAAAAACAAAAAGAUGUGGCAAAUGCUUUAAGGAAGAGCACCGGGCUCACAGAGUCGCUUGAUAUCUCUGGUGAAUGCUUGUGUGCUGAUCAGUUGCACAGUGUCAACAUGGUCGACGAGUUGAAAGUCUGGAUACAAAAACAUCCUUCAGGAUCGGAGGUUGAUGCUAACAUCAGCGAUGAUAACUACCGAAAGAUAGUCUCUAGAUUGUGUGGUCCAGCCACCAGACCGUCCUUGACCCUGCCCGAUGGCCGUCGUGUGUGUGCACCAAGUUCACAGGAACACGCCGUCAGUCUCACAGGAGAACUAUUUAACGGCGCCAUCAUCCACCCUCAACAUCAACAACUGUUGACAGAAGCGCCACCUCGUGUCUUUAUGUUCGGACCCCAAGGGUCCGGCAAAACAACCUCGCUCAGACUGAUGGGCAAGAAAUGGUUGUCAGAGGGUCACCGGGUCUGUGUUCUCUCAACAUGGUGGGACAAAGAAGCAUCCUCGAGGUUGUUGCACGGUAUGCUGUUAAAAGAUGAAGCACAGAUAAGAUGCAACUUUAAGCAAUCAAAAGACAGGGUGUGCACUGAUCAAGUCAACCGUGAGAGUUCUACACAAGAAACAUCAUCAACGAUAAAGUCAACCAAAGAAAACAAAGCAGAAUUGAAGAAAGAUGCUAAAUCAAAGAAAGACAUAGUGAGAUAUAAAGAAGUAAACUUGGAGCGCACAGAUAUGAAGAAAGUCAUCAAUGACUUGUUACAACUGUCAUCCACUGACGAUCUGUUCAUCCUUAUUGAUGACGCAGGACCCUUAAAGUACAUUUUAUAAUAUUUUUUAAAUUAAAAAUGAAGGAGAAUCGUUCAAGUUGUUUUGUGACAAACUGUGGACUGUAAAUCAGAAUGUGCACCUUUGGGCUGCCAGCUGUUUCAGACAGAGGAUUUCAAACGAAUGGAAAGUAGUCGAGUACCAAAGAACAGUUUCGUGCCCACCAUCAUUAAUAAGGGAAAAAGAAUUGAUCAAGAUCGCAGAUGAAGAAAAAUUAAACAAAUUUAUUAAAUUUGGGAUGUCAGCACAAUAGAUGUCGCUCCAACAGAGGGUCUGCCAGUGAGGUUCGUCUACCACACUGGAGAAGGUCAUUCAAAGGGUCAACCUUUUUCAUGUGUCAAGUGUGGCAGUUGUGUUGUUGACCUGCUGACAGCUCUACACAUCAACAAACACAGUACAGAUAUAAGUGAAAACAAAAAGGCGGGUUAUAGUUCUAUCGACAUUUUGGAAAAGUCAGAUGGCACAAGCCCAGACAGCCUGACACCCCGUCUCUGCCCGAGUGACGUGCUGGUCCUGCAUGAGCACAACAACUGUGAGCAGACGAAUUUUUUCAAAACUCUUAAACAUUCUGGCUUUAACAUCAAAGUGGUGGAGGAAAAGAAUAUCCAUCUUCUGUCUGAAGACAACGGUCAUGAUGUGUGGGUUGCUGAUGGGAGACAAUUUCGAGGCUUCAAAAAAACAGUUGUGGUCUACGUGGAGGGAAAUGUUGGACAGUCCAAUGUACCACUGGAGUGGGUACGACUUCGCGGAGUCACUAGCUGUAUAGCUCAACUCAUCUGGGUUCGAGUUUAAAUGCCAGAGACAUCGCACAUAUAACAAAAGCACGCAUACAAUCAUAUCACAGAACCCAACCCAUGCAUGCACUCAUUUUAAUGACUAAAUGUUUUUUUCGUGUAUGUUCUUCUGGCUGUUUUGCCUUUGCAUCUAACUAGAUGCUUAUUGUAAUUCUAAUAAAAUGAUAGUAACAUUAGCACAUUGAUUACUGAUAUUUUCUUUACUUAUAGGUACAGUGAAACCUCGGUUAACGAACU